UAAGCAUUAGUCGAGCGGUCCUGGAGACUAGUCCCAAAAUGGAACCACAGAAAGAUGGCUGUGGUCAUCCCAACCCGUACGGCAACGACAAAUACGACGGUAGUAAUUCGAAGAAGUUUUUGUACAGAGGAACGAAACACAGGUCCGACCCCUGGGGGUCAGAAAAUCCAGACAACUCCGACCUAAUCAAACCGAAAAGCGGACAUAAAAACAAUAAAAGGGCUAAUAAUUCGCCGGGGUUUGACCUCGAUAACGUCUGGUCGAUUCGGAAGAACGUUCAAGUUAGCAACUCAGUGAAAAACGGCACAGCAUUGAAGGCGAACAAUAAAUCAUUUUAUUCUCGACACGGCGGAUUCCCAGGCAAUGGAGAACUCGAGAGUUCUUCGUUAUCAAAGCGACAAAAGACGGAUGAUUUUAUAAACCACUCAACACAAUAUUCAGAUACGAAAACGUGGAGUGUGAAUAGAUCAAGCUAUUCUUACUCUGACUCGUUUGGUGGAGGUGGCGACACUGUGUCACCAUUACGGGAUGUGUUUGGGGAUCCUUUAGAGGGGAGUAACAACAUCGUGUUGGCCAAAAACAAGUUGAACAGCAAGCUGCACAUGCCUGGAGCUCCUCAAAUAGCCAGCCGUGAAAUGUCUGCAAGGACCAAAAAGGCGCACAAUCUUCACCAAGCACACCUACGCUCCAGUGGCUUGGGCCAGUUCACGCCUGGUAUGGGGCAAAACCAGGAGGACAACGCCCACUCAUGGGAGGGUGAUGACUUCUUCGGUAGCUAGUACUGGCUGGUGGAUAGUAUGUGCCUUAUAUAGCUAAUACUGUACAUUACAGGCCUAUAAAUAAUCUACAACUAACAUCUACAACCUCUACUUGGAACACAGGGUAAGGGCGAUGUGAAAACCAGGGUUCUGAGUCCCUCCUGAGUUUUCUGUCGCCUGUUAAUCUCUUUACUUGCCUUGGACAUUUCCUGGACAUACAUACAGUAUUCUAAGAAAUGUUGAGUUUGACUUUUUUGCUUAAUAGACUGACUUUUCUGUAUGUUGACACACAAAUUAGAAUUUUUACUGAUGAUAUGUAUAUACUGUACUGCCCAAAACAAUGAUAGAUUAUUUAUUAUAAUUAGAAAAUUUAAAUAAAACUACUACAUAUUCAGUGUGUUUAAAUACCAAAGAUUUUGAAUUUGUGUUAAUUUAGGUGAUUUUGUCGUUGUCAAAACGAACUCCUUAUUUUAGCUGAUGACUUAGCUUGCCCUGUGAUGUGCCAAUAGUGCCGGCAGUAAUAUUUAAGUCAUUGAUUCAUUUUUAAAUGAAAAGUUAAAAGUUUCAGCUUGGAACGAUGGAUCUCAUAUGGUCUAUUGUGAUAGUGUCAUUUUUAAAAUUUGAUUUUUUUUAAAGGCCCUUUGAACAGCCUCUGCCAGCCACCAUUUUGUCAUCCGACUUGACAUUUGAAGCUGAUUUCCAGCAAUACUAAAUGUACUGGUUAUCUUCUGUGCCAAGAUGUUAAAAAGUAGAAGCAUGUUAUGCUUUCAGAAACAGCUAGAAAAUCUGCAUUUAGAAGCACGGUGCAUGACUGAACACAUAAAACAGUGUAAAGGCAACCUGCUCAAUUUACAAAUAAUCUGGGUGAUUUAAAAUUACAUAAAAUGUGAUUACAGUUUAAGGGUGAUUUAAAUACACAAUACCAGCAAGAGGACGCUGCCUUGCACACAUUCUAUUGAGUGUGCAUGGUGAUUUUUUGGUCCUGUCCUGACGAGGACAUGAAAAAUAAUAAAAUGCUGUCUUGAACAGGACACGGUGCUGGCAAGAAAAGUGUACAGGCACAAACAAACGUAUGCGAGGCGACGUCCUCUUGCCAGCAUCUAAAUCACCCUAUUACCUAUAUGGAAACUCUGAUCUAGUACUUGAGCACCCCUCAUUUCACACAAAUUAAGCUGGUCAUCUGUUUACUGUUGUCAGAGCAUUAAAUGAGUUGGGUCUGCAAAGUUGUACAUAAGGAUUGUGCUAUCACAAUUUAAUGAAUGUAAAUAUUGUAAAUGAAUAAUAUUCAGAACCAAA